AUGGCCAACCAAUAUGUCCCUGCUCUCCCUUUUGACGGGACUGACCCAUUGGUCCCCUUUGUAGCUUCAAGGGUUCUCACCCCCACCGUUCGCCCCUAUUGUACCACCAAUGAAGAUGCCGACCGUAUGAAAUCUGUUAUCUCUCAAGUCUCUCCGAUGGCCAUAAAUGAUGCUGCUUUCAAGCCAGAGAGACUCCUGGAUAGCAUUAGGACUCACCUAACUGAUCCCAAAUAUGCCUAUCGCAAAUGGCACAAGAGACUUCUUCCCCACUUCGAAGAACAAUGGAGGAGGCAAUGUAUUGACAAGGCCAUUCUCCUCUUAACUCAGCUCCUCCAUCUCCAUGAUAAGGCCUUGUUGGCAAUGGCGGCCUUUUGGCAUUCCCAGAUGGGGGUCUUCUUCCUUCCUUCUGGCCCCAUUGGCCCGACCCUCAUGGACGUGGCCAUCGUCGCCCAUUUGCCCAUUGUGGGUGAUGACCCUGUUCUGGUUUCUUUUGAGGGUCGGGAACUCUCACCCGACCACGCUGGUUGGGCCCUCGCUAGGCUUGCUAAAAAAGAAAGAGGCUGGACCAGCUUUAUUACCAAAUUCUCGGGUGAGGAGGGCACCCCCAUGUCUGAGCUGGAACACACAACGUUUCUUCUUUUUUGGCUCUGCAGAUAUAUAAUUCUCUCCCCCUUCAAACUCGUUCUCUCUUCCCAGGUCGAUCUGGCCAUUCAUUUGGCCAAUGGCCAAUUUUUUUCUUUAGGAACCUUAUUUUUGGCUAACCUUUUUGAGGGUUUAUCCCUAGUAAGCACCCGCUUGACCGAUACCAAAAAGGUGGACACUGCUGCUUCGGGACCCUUUUGGUUCCUGGAGCUUUGGCUUCGUUUGUAUUUCCCGACCGCUUUUUUUGGCCGAUUGCCUGUUACCCCGAACCCUCAAAGGUCGAUCGGUCUUGCCUUAGCUAAAUUAACCCCUAUUUCUUCUAAUCUCCAUCCAUCCGACCCCGUCAUCACCCAAAUUUUGACUGAGGACCGUAGUAACUCUCGUCAUUACGUCUACAACACCCUUAUACAGUAUACUACCGAACUAUUUUGGCUUUAUCCCGAUACGCCGUAUCCCCGAUCUUACCCCGAUCCUCUUCCCCAUCCGACUUAUCCCUUCUCCUGGGAUUCUUCUAUGAAACCUCGAUCUCUAUUUUCCAGUAAGAGGUCGGACAAGAAAAACUACAGAUCCUUCUAUACCUUUAAUUACCAGCCUCAAUUUUUGGCCCGACAGUUCGGUUGUUGUCAGGGUCUGCCGGGAUCACUAGCCCGACCUCACCUUAUACCCCAAAGCCCAGAAGGGCUGGUGAUCCUCGAGCUUAUCCCGACUUACCUUUCCCAACUCACCGACUAUAUUACUUCCAACUCUUACUUACCUUUCCGCCCUAAUCCUUCGGCGGCUGAGGCCUUUUCGACCGACCGACCAAUUGGUCGGGAAACUUAUUCCACACUGGGUUCUCCCCGAUUAGCCUCUGCUCUUAGAAGGAAGAGGCCGGCGCCUGCCGAAGGCGGAUCUGGAGCAAAAAAGAAGAAACAGAAAGCCACCCCCACCAUUGACAAGCAGGCAAUCGAGGAGUACCUGGCGUCUCUGCCAGUGGACACAAGCGGACUGCCAAAAUACUUGAGGGAGGAAUUCGAGACCCCUUCACCGCCACUGACUACUGCUCCGACCAUCUCAAAACCUACCGCAGCCCAGCCGACCGACCCUCAGCCGAUCGACCCUCAGCUAACCACGACUCAGCCGACCGACCCUCAGCCGACCGCAGCCCAGCCGACCGACCCUCAGCCGACCGCGGCUCAACCAUCCAUCACUCUUACUUCUUCUCAACCGACCGCAACCCCGACUGCUGCUCCAGCCGACAUCCUCAUCGAACCAUUAACCACCCAAACGGUUGGUCCCUCGGCAAAUCCCCCGACUGCUGGGCGACCAACCACUACAAUACCGACCCCUCUGCAGGUUGAGGACAACUCAAGUCCUUCAUCAGUUGCUCCUCAACCGACGCCCAUCGUUGCAGAGGGGGAACUGCCAAUGAUCCGCCGGCCGGAGGAGCCGGCGGGGAGGCAAAUUUUUCCUCAAGUUUUGCCUUCACCUCAACCAUCACAGGAUCCUGGUGUGGUCGUGGCGGUGCUUGAUCAAAUCGUUGCCUUACCCGACCUAAUCGCGGAACUACCCGUCCCAGUCGUGGCACCACCCGACCACGCCGCUGCACUGCCCUUACAGCCUGCCGCCCGGCCCGUGGGUGAGAGACCUCCUGCCGCUCCUCAACUAGUCCAAUUGAUCCCAGCGCCCCAUGACAUACAUGAGAUCUCUUCCUCGAAGUCAGGCAAAGCAUCAGUAAAUUUUGCCCUAAGGGUUUCGGGUGCGGAGCUGGCCGUCGCCCACCGUCUGCAACCAGCAGACGAGUCGAUCGUUGGCCCGAUGACUCGUCAUGAUAUUCCCAUGGCAUUUCGGAUUAUGUCCCCUUCUGAGGCGACGACCAUUUUCAAUAAGGUUGCCCAGGAGAUGAACGUUCUGGCCCAAGUGAAUCUUCCGACUCCCGCUCGAUCUAUCAUAGCACGCUGUGCUGACCUGUCUUUUGCCGACCUGAGUCCAGCCGACCUCGUGGCUCUGAUUCAGGUCGCGAUAGACUUGUUGGUGCAACCUUCACUGGAGUCAGAAGCUUUUUUCGUCCUCGAUCGGAUGAUGGCAAGGCUCACAGAACUUUAAGCUGAACUGCCUUUGAUCCGACCUCCAUCCUCCGAGGCCACAUCAUCUCAACCGACAGCUGAGCCAGCUAGGCUCGAGGCAUCUCUGAAGAAGGUCAAUGAAGACCAUGAUCUUGCCAAGGCUACGCUGGACGAACUCCAACAAGCGCGACAAACGCUGGCAGCUGAGAUCUCCCAAAAGGCGGAAGAGCUCAGACGCCUUCAACAACAAUUGGAGUCCCUGGACGACAGCAUCCAGGAAGAAGGCCGCCUGGUGGAGGAACAUCGCCAGACACAAACAAACCUCUACGGCCAAAUCCAAUCGAGCAUACGAUUGAGACUCGUUAGAGGGCACCAGGAGGCCUACCAGUGUCGUUGGGCAACCCGGUCGGAGCUAAAGUGGGCCGACCUCCGAGCUGCCCUUCGGGCCCUUCUUUCUCCCUAACUUAAUUGUAACAUGUGUAUAACUUCCAGACUUGGUCUAUAUAUAUAU